CCUCGACUGCCUUGAUGUCCAGUUUCUUUGCCUCGCGACGCGCCUCGCGAGCGCUUUUUGCGCCACUGGCGGCAGUUGCGACCACAUUGCAUUGGCAGAGGAGGUCCCUGCACAGUGAGGGCAAGCUCACCUUCCGAAGAUUGAGGGGUCCUCGUGAGGGUGAGAAGAAAGAGCUGAGAAAUCGUCUUAUCAAACAUACAGACUUCGUUUAUCAAUGCCUUAGCUAUGGGAAAUUGGAAGACUACUAUGUGCUCGAGAAGGAACUGGGCUUUGGAUCCUUCGGCACCAUCUACAUGGCCAAGCACAAGUUCUUGGACUUCAAGUUUGCCGUGAAAAAAGUCCCCAAGGGUGAAGAUGACGAGAAGGUGAAGGCCUUGCUCAUGAACGAGAUUCACGCCUUAAUGGAUCUCGACCACCCGCAUGUAGUGAAGCUGGUUCGCUAUUUUGAUGAGGGGAAACAUAUGUAUUUGGUGUUCGAAUUGUGCGAAGGACCAGAUCUUCUGACCAGACUGGAAGCUGGAGGAAAACUGAAAGAGAAGGAGGCGGCCAGCACGAUGCGGCAGAUGCUGGCGGCGCUGAAGUGUUGCCAUGAUCACUACAUGGGGCAUUUCGAUGUGAAGCCGGAGAAUUUUAUCUAUCGCCGCAAGGAUUGUGCGAAACUGAAGAUGAUUGAUCUGGGUUUGGCCAGCCGCUUCAAGCGAAGCAGGCGAGAGAUCCGCGGAACAAGCGCGUACAUGGCACCGGAGAUGUGGGAUGGCUUUUUUGGCCCCGAAGCCGAUAUCUGGGGCUGCGGAGUGGUCUUUUUCUGCAUCCUCACAGGCGAGCAAUUCUUCCCUUCCUGGCUGGAGGAUGAUGAGAUCAGACCUUUGGCACGCGACAGGAAGUGGGUGAGAAGCAGGUUGCGAAUGCUCAAAGAACAGCAGCUCUCAAAGGAGGCGGUGGAUUUGGUGACCAGCAUGAUGCGCCACGACCGCCACACACGGCCCACAGUACGCGAAGCCUUGCAGCAUCCCUUCUUUCAGAUACAUAGCGAGAAGGCCGCAGCAGAAGCUUUGCGACAGACAAAUCCGCAGUACUACCGAGAGCUGGACCGACAAACAGAGGGAGUUCUUGAUCGCUUGGUUGAACAUUUCGUUGAAUUUGCUUCGGAGCCUGUGAUUGUGCGCGCAGCGUUGCUCUUGAUGGCUCACGUGGGCGCUUACAGUGCUCGGGCGACAAGGGCUCAGAGGUCUGCGUUCACAGAGCUGGACAGGACCUCUAGUGGCGGACUUUGUAUGGAAGUCCUUGAAGCCUUCUACGAUGAUCGGAGGAUGCCCAUCCCAGAGGCUCUGGAACAAGCCUUCAGUGGAGUGGACGUGGACGAUGAUGGUUAUAUCACCUACAUCGAAUUCCUGUCUGCUACUCUGCCACGAAGCAUUCGAUGCGACGAAAACUUUUGCAGACGAGUUUUCGAGAUGGUCGAUCGCAACGGCGAUGGCUUUAUCGAUGCAUCAGACUUAUCUCAGGCCUUUAUGGCUGGAGAAGAUCAUCGAGGAGUUUGCCGCGAAUCCUUGGCCGAAGUGAGUCAAAGUGAGCGGAUUAGCUGGGAGCAGUUUUUAAAGCUCAUGCAAAGCCCCAAAGUUGGCUGCACAUGAUCCCCUGACAUUUCUCCCAAAUAUUACCUCAAAUCCCCCGACAUUUCUCCCAUUACCCCAAAUGGGGAAGCUGGUGAGGAAUGCUUCAGCUUUUUGGCUUUUUGUGGCGGAAUUCCUUUUUGAGUGCGAUCGAAGAUUGCAAUGGAAGACCUUCAGAAAGCUUUUCUAGUUUGAAGGAACGAGAGGUUUCUUUGAACGCCGGGACGGUAGGACAGCGCGAGCACGACUUAUGCGCC